CAGACAAGAUGUGUUGCUGUAAAGCACAGAUUCCAUCUUAUCGAUUAUUGGCGGCACAGUUUACUUCUAUUAGCAACACGCUUAAAUCUUGCGCUUCUUAUGUUUAUAAUAUAGAAAUUAUUGAAAAGCCAACAUAGGUUAUUUCUGUUGACAACUGAGAUAAGUCAUUUGUAGAUUUAUGUUUGGAAUGGAUUCACGUAAUUUAAUAGUUAAGACGGUAUAAUGUGAUAAAUUUGAUAAACAUACGAGGAUAUAAAUAUAUAUAAGAUUUUAAUACAGAUAACGUUUACAAUGUAUUUGACAACUUUUUUACUUACAUCUUUGUGUUCGGUAUACGUAUGUACAGCGUAUUUAAAUGAUGAUUUUACUAUUUUCGAAGACGACAAUGUUUCCCACUUAGAUGAUCAUUUAGAAGACGAUGCCUUAGAUAUAUUUCAACAUGUUCAAAAAAAGUCAUUCCAGAGUUAUAAACGCCUUGUUUGUCGACGUUGGAAUCAUCACUGUGUACCGUGGACAAAUCGACCUGGAUUUAAAUGUUGUAACGGACUUUCAUGUAAAUGCAAUCUCUGGAUGCAGAACUGUCGAUGUGUAAGUCGGCUUUGGGGCCGAUAGAAAAAUCAAGAAUUAGACGUAAAAAGAUGAAAGAGACACUUGAAUGCAAAUACUUUAAUUUGCAAACAAUUAAGAAACAGUAUGCGUUCACAACUUCUAUAUUUUAUUUAUAGAAAACGACAACUAACAAUAGAAAAACGACAAAGAAAUAAAAUGAAUUUCGUAUCAAAGUGAUUGUUUUUUUGUAUUAUCUUUUUGCACAUUAUUUUUGGCUAUGAUAAUUGUAUCGAAUACCGGAUAUUUAUACAAAGUUUUUGAAUUAACCUUGAGAACUACAAUAAGUUAAAUGUGUUUGAUAUUGAUGGAAAGGAAGGAUAAUAUUGUGAAUUUCCCAGGAGUAUUAUCAUUUCAAUAACAAAUGUCAUAAU